AACUCUUUUGUGAAUUGAGGCAAAAUUUUAAAAACCUAUUUUUGCAGUGAAAGAGGGGUUUAAGCCCUUCUCCAAGCCAGAGCGCCAAAUUCCAAUUUCCGAAGCUUCCAGUUUCAUCUUCAUCAAUAAGCUGCAAACACACUAAUUCUGACUUCUGAGCUACAACUACAACUCGUCAAAUUUUCAAGAAAUUAACCGCACCGGAAGCAAAAUGGUGUUCGGUCAAGUGGUUAUCGGACCACCGGGCUCCGGCAAGACCACCUACUGCAACGGCAUGUCUCAAUUUCUCCAGCUCGUCGGCCGGAAGGUUGCGGUGAUCAAUUUGGAUCCAGCUAAUGAUUCUUUGCCAUAUGAAUGUGCUAUUAAUAUCGAGGAUUUGGUUAAGCUCGAAGAUGUCAUGGCGGAGCAUUCCUUAGGUCCUAAUGGAGGUCUUGUUUAUUGCAUGGAUUAUUUGGAGAAGAACAUCGAUUGGCUAGAAGCCAAACUGAAACCCCUUCUCAAAGAUCACUAUCUUCUCUUUGAUUUCCCUGGCCAGGUGGAACUCUUUUUCCUUCAUGAAAAUGCUAAAAAGGUUAUCAUGAAACUCAUCAAGAAGUUAAAUCUCAGGUUGACUGCUGUUCACUUGGUUGAUGCCCAUCUUUGUAGCGAUCCAGGGAAGUAUAUUAGCGCACUGCUGCUUUCACUUUCAACCAUGCUACACAUGGAGCUUCCUCAUGUCAAUGUUUUGUCUAAGAUCGAUCUUAUCGAAAGUUAUGGCAAGCUAGCUUUCAACCUUGACUUCUACACUGAUGCCCAUGAUUUAUCAUAUUUACAGUAUCAUCUUGAUCAAGAUCCUCGAUCUGCUAAGUAUAGAAAACUAACAAAGGAGCUGUGCAAGGUUAUAGAAAAUUUCAGUCUGGUCGACUUCACCACUCUGGACAUUCAGGAUAAGGUGAGCGUCGGGAAUCUAGUUAAACUGAUUGACAAGACCAACGGAUACAUAUUUGCUGGCAUUGACGCAAGUGCAGUUGAAUUCAGCAAAAUUGCAGUUGGUCCGGUUGAUUGGGAUUAUUACAGAGUGGCAGCCGUGCAGGAGAAGUACAUGAAGGACGAUGAAGUAUUUGAUGACGAGGAUGAUCCUGAUCAUAAGUUGGAGCAGAAGUAGUAAUGGUGUGGAAUCAUCAGUUCAUCAUCAUUCAUCUACCACACUGAACGUGAUCUUCAAAGGAUGAACGUCGAUGAUGAAGCUCGUGCUCUGGUAUACGUUAGUUUUUGAAAGCCCUUUAAACCUGUAAGUUUCCUCUGCAGUAGCAUGCGCCAUAGAUAUCGGCUACAGCUUGAUCAAAAUGCGGUAGCGAAACAACAUUUUUGUACGUGUGAAGAAGAUGAAUUAUUUUUCGCUACCUUAGUUUUGAAGGUCUAGUUCAAGAUCAUGUUUACUGAUUCGAAAUUUCUAAAAAAAAAAUUGUGAAAAAUAUGUUUGAUUAGUUUA